GGGUCACUCCUCCUUCCCGUCUGACCAGGGAGGCCGGACUGUAAGCGCGGACCGGAUGUUCCCGGGGAAACCCGGAGGUAUGGUUCCCCUCCGGGCGCCCGGGAACCGUCAUGGCGUUGAGGCCUGACUAGGGGGAAGAUGAAUAAGGGCUGGCUGGAGCUGGAGAGCGACCCCGGGCUCUUCACACUCUUAGUAGAAGAUUUUGGUGUUAAGGGAGUACAAGUUGAAGAAAUUUAUGAUCUACAGAGCAAAUGCCAAGGACCUGUGUAUGGAUUUAUCUUCCUUUUCAAAUGGAUUGAAGAACGUCGGUCCCGACGGAAAGUUUCUACUUUGGUAGAUGAGACAUCAGUGAUUGAUGAUGACAUUGUCAACAACAUGUUCUUUGCUCACCAGCUGAUUCCCAAUUCUUGUGCCACACAUGCACUGUUAAGUGUACUCCUGAAUUGUAACAGUGUGGAUCUGGGGCCAACACUGAGCCGAAUGAAAGAAUUUACCAAAGGUUUUAGUCCAGAGAGCAAAGGCUACGCCAUUGGGAAUGCCCCAGAACUGGCCAAGGCCCAUAACAGCCAUGCUAGACCAGAACCGCGACAUUUACCAGAAAAACAGAAUGGAAUUAGUGCUGUACGGACCAUGGAGGCUUUUCAUUUUGUCAGCUAUGUUCCCAUUAAAGGGCGGCUCUUUGAACUGGAUGGCCUAAAGGUUUACCCUAUUGAUCAUGGGCCCUGGGCAGAAGAUGAGGAAUGGACAGACAAAGCCAGGAGGGUUAUCAUGGAGAGGAUUGGACUUGCUACAGCAGGGGAACCAUAUCAUGACAUCCGCUUUAACUUGAUGGCUGUGGUACCCGACAGGAGAAUGAAGUAUGAAUCUAAGCUACACAUCUUAAAGGUGAACCGGCAAACUGUACUGGAAGCUUUGCAGCAGCUCAUCCGAGUGACUCAACCAGAACUGGUGCAUACCCAGAAAUCUCAAGAGCUCCAGACUCCUGAGGAGCCCAGGACAGCCAACAGCAAGAGCUCUACCCCACUGGAAACAGGAAGAACUCAAGUAAUUCCAGAGAGCUCCCAGGCAGAGGGUACUGAGGAUUCCAGAGCCCAGGACUUGCCUGCCUCAACCCAGAGCCCUCCAAGCAAGGCAAAGCUGAGCAGCAAACCACAUGUGAGCAGCAUAAAUGGGGCCCUAUCAGCCCCCAACCCCAUCGUGCAAAGGCUGCCGGCUUUCUUGGAUAACCACAACUAUGCUAAGUCACCUAUGCAGGAGGAAGAGGACCUUGCAGCAGGAGUGGGCCGAAGCCGAGUCCCAGUCCCGCAGCACCAGCAAUACUCUGAUGAUGAGGAUGACUAUGAUGAUGACGAGGAUGAGGAAGUGUGUAAUACCAAUCCUGCCAUCAGUUACAAGAGGAAAGGCCUUGUGAAACAGGAGCACCUGAUGGGGAGCGGAGACACCCAGCUGUCUAUGCUGCAGCCCAACACCAUCAAUGUCCUUGCGGAAAAGCUGAAGGAAACUCAGAAGGACCUCUCCAUUCCCUUGUCUAUUAAGACUAGUAGUGGAGGCACAGCAGUAGCUGUUGUUGCCCACUCUCAACCAUCUCCCACACCCAGCAAUGAAAGCACGGACACUGCCUCAGAGAUCGGGAGUGCUUUCAAUUCCCCUCUUCGCUCCCCCAUCCGAUCAGCCAAUCCCACUCGCCCUUCCAGUCCUGUCACUUCUCAUAUCUCCAAGGUGCUGUUUGGGGAAGAAGAGAGCCUGCUCCGUGUAGACUGUAUACGCUACAAUCGGGCUGUGAGAGAUUUGGGUCCCAUCAUCAGUACGGGUUUGUUGCACCUCACAGAGGAGGGAGUUUUCUGCCCUCUUACUGUCACAGAGGGUGCAAAAACCUCUCCUCCAUCUAACAAAUCGAAUGAAGAGGUUCAGAUUAUUGUAAAAGCAGAAGCAGUGGACUCUACUGAGCCACGUGACAGCAAGGAGAAGACUGGAAUUGGCAAGUCUACUGAUCCCCCUGCUGGGGAAAAAUAUGUUCCUAAAGAGCUCCUGGCAUUGCUUAAGUGUGUGGAGGCUGAAAUUGCAAACUAUGAGGCCUGUUUAAAGGAGGAAGUAGAGAAAAGAAAGAAAUUCAAGAUUGAUGAUCAGAGAAGAACUCACAAUUAUGAUGAAUUUAUAUGUACUUUUAUCUCCAUGUUGGCACAAGAAGGAAUGUUGCCUAGCCUUGUUGAACAAAACAUCUCUGUUCGUAGACGGCAAGGGGUCAGCAUUGGGCGUCUCCAUAAGCAGCGAAAGCCCGACCGACGGAAACGUUCCAGGCCAUAUAAAGCUAAACGUCAAUAGUCUCAACCUUUGGACAGGACUCAAUAUCCUCUGCUUGCCUCUCUGGCAAUACGGUGCAUAUUUCAUGUACUUCUUCACCAACCAGAGAGCGCUCCGGACAGAGCUUUGCACUGAAAUUGUCUUCAUGUGACCAGUAUUAGUGUGACUACAUCUACCUGUAUUCAACUGGAUUUUAGACAUUGCUCUGGUGGUUUACCAUUUGGGCAUCCAAAGAUAAAGUUUCCCUCCAGAAGUGGAUGUGAGAAGCAUAAAGAGUAGGACCAUUUGAGUGUUUGGCUGACACUGCACUUGAAUAUGUUACUUAGCAACCUAAACCAAUAUGCAGUGCAUCUUGCAGUAGCAUACGGCAGUCUUCAGAGGUUUUACAUGAAUAUUGCUUAAAAAGAAAUAAGUAAAAUCUUUGCAGUUUUGUAGAAGUGCAUUUCGGUUAAGUUGAUGCAUUGUUCAGUUCAGAGAGAGUCAGAAUGUGCUAUGUCCUCGGGAUUAGCUAUUUCCAGAGGAACAAAUAUCUGCAUUACAUCUUUAAGUGUGUGUUUCCUGAAUCCAGUUCAUCCCUAUCAUUUUCAGGUAGCAAUGACCCUCAUUCUGUUGAACUAUACAUAAGGCUCCCUUCAAAUCCCAACUGGUCUUCAAAUCCUGCUAAUUUUUCUCUUGAUUUCCCCCACCCCCAAACUGGUGCGGUCGCAGAGAAGAGAACUUCCUUUAUGGGUUUUAUAUGUCCAGAGUAAGGUCCUUUGAUGUGAGUGUAUUUUUGUUCAUCUGUAACAGCAUGUAGGCCUUGUAGUCUGGAAGCUGCUUUCUUUUCUUUUGUAUGUAUGGAAGCUAUGCACAUACCAUGAUUCAAAUCGUGGAAUUAACUUAUUUUUUUUAUAUUUUCUUUGGCAGUGGCUUCUUUUUACUCAAAUCCCUAAAACCAUUUUUAGGAAAUCAAACCAUGUGUGGAGAGACAAGGUGGCUGGGUGAUACAAAUUGCCAAAUGAAAAUACUGAAAGAUGCACACACAUAGACCAUCCUUUUUUUAUAGCGAACUAUUAGGACCAACAUUUUGAGAGAGAUCAGGAUAAACCCCUUCAAUGGGGAUACGAAUCAUUGUUUGGGUUUUUUUCCCCAUGCUUACACUUCAGGGAAAAAUGGAAAGAUUCUAUAGCAAAAUAAUCCCUCUACUUAAUGUAAUCUUACAGUCAAGAAGUAGAAUAAUGAACUUUGCAGGUAUCUUAUAGUGUAAGGAUAAGGGAAAUGUAACUCAUUUGAAAGCUUGGAAAGGUGGAGAACCUCUGCAAACUGUAGGUCCUCUGACAAGAUAGAACACAAAGUAAUAAUUUUGCAUUACUGAGUAAAUGGUAUCCCUUUCCUAUUGAUUAUGGCUCAGGUUGGAGCAUCUGGCUUAUUAUUCUGCAAGAGUAUAGAUGAUAUUUGGCCAGCAGGAUCUGGUUAUCAUCUGCCUUUGUCUUCCAGAGCUGCCUCAGCACCUCUCAUUCCAGUCCAUUUACAGACUCUUAAUUGCAGUGUAAUCAGUUACCUACCUAGCCACUCCUAAGACAAGUGUUGUUACCAACUUCUCCUUAUUUACGUGGCUUUAUCUUUGUCCUGUAAGAACAGUCCUUUGUCAAUACGGCAGAUUUAUAAAUGUUUUUAAGCUUUGGCAGAAUGAUAGCAAAUUUGCAUUAAAUUAUGCUAGCUGAUGUCCAGAGGAAUAUUGCAAAUUGUUUUUGGAAGAACAGUUUAACGCUUCCUCUGCAACUUUUAUUCCAUGAAUAUGUACAGUUGAGUCUCUUAGUAUAGAUAUUAAAAUCAUCAUGAGACUCAAAAGAAGAUCAAUGUGAAAAGGGAAUAGUUCCUGAGAAGAUGGUGAAAUAUAUUUGCUUUCUUUGCAAAUAUGUACAGUGCCUGACUGUAAAAUUACUAUUUUUAUUUGUUGACAGAAUCACCUGUCUCUUGCAUUGUCAAGUGCUGUAAAUAUAUCAGUUCUGUUAAAAAUAAAAUGUAUCUCUAGCCUUCUGGA